UUCGAGGUAAACAUGGCAGUGGAGAAGCGUCUGGCCUUCGCUAUUGUGCAGUUCCUUCGAGAUCAAACACAUUGCGGUGCUUUGAAUUCUGAUGAGCAGGAGAGCCUUGAGGUUGCAAUACAGUGCUUAGAGACUACUUUCAAGAUCGGCUCUAGUGACUGUCAUCUUGCAGUGUCUCAGCCACUCAGAGAGAUAUUCCUCAACACUCUACUAAAGAAUGACAGUCUCACCGUACCAGAGACUUCCCCAUCUCCUGAAGACAUUGAACGGGCUGAACAACUCAAGAAUGAAGGAAACAAUCACAUGAAGGAGGAGAACUACAGAUGUGCUGUAGAGUGUUACACAAAGGCCAUUGACCUGGACCUCAGAAACGCUGUGUACUACUGCAACAGGGCCGCAGCUCACAGUAAAAUGGGGAACUACACUGAAGCUACAGGGGACUGUGAAAGAGCCAUUGGAAUUGACCCAACCUACAGCAAAGCAUAUGGGAGGAUGGGUUUGGCUUUGACAUCUAUGAGCAAAUACCCCGAGGCAAUUUCCUACUUCAAGAAAGCUUUGGUGUUGGAUCCAGAGAACGACACCUACAAAUCCAACCUGAAGAUUGCGGAGCAGAAGCAGAAAGAGGCAUCUAGUCCCAUAGCUGCUGGAUUGGGAUUCGACAUGGCGAGUUUAAUCAACAACCCUGCCUUCAUCAGCAUGGCUGCAAGUGUUAUGCAGAACCAGCAAGUUCAGCAGCUUAUGUCAGGAAUGAUGUCUAAUGCAGUCAGAGGCCCUGCAGCAGGAGUGGGAGGACUAUCAGACAUUUCCAGCUUGAUUGAGGCGGGACAACAGUUUGCCCAGCAGAUCCAACAGCAGAACCCGGAGCUUAUUGAGCAGCUACGGAACCACAUCCGGAGCCGCUCCUUCAGCGGCAGCGCUGAGGAACACUCCUGA